AAUAGUAAAAAUUUCAUAACUUGGUUGAGGUUAGUACGUAACCCACGAAAACACUCACUCUUUUUUUUUUUUUUUUUGCAAAAUGAGUCCUUAAACUUCCUCUAAUAAAACGCGUAUUAAGAUGUAUAUAAAACCCUAACCCACAACACUCUCUCACACCCUCUGGCUUCUCUUUCAAGCUACUCUCUCUCCUCUCUCACUCCGACCACCAGUCCUCUGUUACUCCGGUUCUUCUUCUCCACGGAUGUCAGUUGAUAUCUGCAAGAAGACUUUUCUGAGGGAAGUUACUUAGUUGUUGCGAAAUUUUGUACUCUUUGAGUUUCUCUCUGCAAUGGUCAAGAAUAGCUUGGAACCUGGCUUUCGGUUUCAUCCCACUGAUGUUGAACUUGUGAGAUACUACUUGAAGAGAAAAGUUCUUGGAAAAAAGUUCAUGACUAAUGCCAUAGCUGAGCUCGACAUCUACAAGUUCGAACCACCUGAUUUACCUGAGAAGUCAUGCUUAAGGACUGGAGAUCUUAAGUGGUACUUCUUCUGUCCGAGGCUUAAGAAGUAUCCCAACGGCGGUAAGGCAAACCGUUCUACUGAAUCUGGUUACUGGAAGACCACUGGGAAAGAUAGAGAUGUUACUUACAAUGAUGAGGUCGUUGGGAAAAUCAGAACUCUGAUUUUUCACUACGGGAAGACGCCUCGUGGGGAACGUACCGACUGGGUCAUACACGAGUACAGACUUGAAGACAGAACACUGGUACAGAGGAAUAUUCCUCAGGAUACUUAUGUGAUUUGUAAACUCUUUAAGAAGAAAGGACUUGGACCAAGGCAUGGAUCUGAAUAUGGAGCUCCAUUUAAGGAUGAGGAUUGGAGUGAUGAGGAAGAUAUAGAGAGUCUUGUAGCUAUUCCUGAUCCUGCUCCUAACAAAGUAACCAGUGUAGUUGCUUCGGCAUCACGCUCGCAUCCUCCUGAGGAUUGUAUCACUAGAGUGAUAUCAGAAUCUUGUGUCUCUGAUGUACCGCAACUAACUGCCACAAUGCUUCCACCUCUAGCGAGUGAUGCUGUAGCUCACACUCCCUUGUCUUCUUUUUCUUCUCCUCUUCUUGAGGUUCCUCACGCAGUACAAGAUGACGAUGACUUUUAUUCUAUGCUGGAUCUCUUUGUUGUUGAUAGCGACGAGUCUUUACGUCUGGACGGAUUCAACAACCAGUAUGAGGUGAGACAUGAGACUGGAGUUCCUGUUGUGGAUGAAGCUCCUGUUUGCUUAGAAGAUGUCGAUAUGAGCUGGAUGCAAGGCGAUGAGCUAUUCAUAGGCAUAGAGGAACUGAUUGAGCCAUCCACUCCUCCCGCUGCUCAGGCUGGUCAUCCCGGUGCUUCAUGACUCUAUGUAGUCAGACUUAAAACCACUCUGGUAUUCAUUGCUGUUUUGAGGAUCCGUGUUGCUUUGAUGCCAUGGAAACAGAGACAAAAAAUUGUGAAGCUUUAACCAGAAUGUUUUCUCUAUCGCAAACUCUAGUGUGCACAAAAAGACAGACAAUGUCAUGACUCAGUAGUAGUAGCUUCUUUUUUUUAAGCAAACACAGUAGUAGUAGCUUAACACCAUGAGAUGUUUAGCUAGCUUCUAUGUUGUGUUUGCCUUAACUAGCAUUCAUCAUCAUCAUCCAUCAUCAUCAUCAUCUAUGUAUCAGAAAAAAAUCAUUUGAAAUUAUGUUUUUUCAUGGAUU